AUGAGUGGCGUCAAGGGAGAGCCGAUGUACGUGGAAGAAUACGAUGAGAGAACGGGAAAGGUCUCGGGCAGACUGGUCGCAAGCACGAAACAGAAACCGAAAGUGCAUGAGUCUCGCAAGUCGAGGAGAUCGUACAACGACACGGCAUAUCCAGGAGAAGGCAGUUCGAGGGAUGCGCCACUGAUGGGCGAGAGAAAGGAAGUGAGGAUUGAACGUCGCAAAUCAACAAGCAGCGGGAGUUCCAAGUCACCUCACAAGACGAGACCACCCUCAGCACACGAGAACAGAACCUUCCUAAAAUCUUCGAUCCCAAGCUCUUCCAAGAGGGAGUCCAUGGAUCCAUCAAAUUACGGAUACGCAACACCAACGGGCGCUCCAGUUAUGUCGCAACCAAUUCCACACCGACCCCGAGCAAUCACCACGCAAUCACAUCCAAGACCUGUUAGUUAUCAUGCCCCUCUGCCAGGUGGUGGAUACAGUCGUCCCCCAUUAUCUAUGUCCGCAUUCUACCCACAACCGCCAAUGAUCACCCCUUCCUAUCCUGCCCCUUCGCCAUCGUAUAUGGAUAACGUACGAUAUACCACGGCGCCACAGACUGAGUACGCUCAACCCCAAGCACGGCCACUUCAAUCAAGGUUCGAAUCAAGGGUCGAUCCAAUCUCACGCACCCCAUCAGCUUUCGAGCCCAUCACCCGUACACCAUCAGCCUUUGAACCUAUCCCUCGGACUUCGUCAGCAUAUGGAACCCGGUCUGCUUAUGAAGGGACUGGGUCAUACUUUGAUGACUCUUAUGCCUCAGCUUCAGAAGGAGCCACGAUUCGAAGAUCCGAUAGAAGAGAAAGCAUACGGAUUCCAUCGAGUGGUUUGACCAAGGCCCAGUCGGAAUAUAUGGCCAUGCCCCCGCCUAUCAUUCGACCCGGCAUUCUUCGCAGGUCAACCGAGUACCCUCGUGGGACUAUGGAAUACACACUUGAUCCGGAUCCAUACCGCGAUGGUCGAACAGAGUAUCGUCGUGAAGGAUCUCGUCCCCGACGGUCAAGCUCGAACCGGCACUCGGUAUCGUACGACCUUCCUAGAGAGGACGAGAGUGUCAGGGUUGAAGCCGCGAACAGUGGUCGCCGGAGAAGUGGUUAUUAUGAGCCGCCAACAUCGACUCAAGCUCCCGCGUAUGAAGACAAGCUUCACAAAGCAGCAACAUAUCAAGAAGAUGUGGGUGGGCCGACCGUACCCCUUACAGCGGAGACUUUGAAGAGACAGCAACGACGACAUGGCGGUAGUAGCAGGAGUACCAAGAGCAGUCAGAGUCGGGAUGAGAGCGAUUAUAAGAAGUCCGCAACGACUCGGACAACACGAAGCAUGAGCAACGAUAACGACGAGAAUGUGACUAUCAAAGUCACCGGCACGGCUCGGGUCAUGGUUGGCGGCGCUCAGAUCCAUUGCGAUGAAGGUGGAGAGAUUGAGAUCAAGCGCCAGAAGAGCCUUCGCGAUGGCAGCGAACGAUCGAAUUCGGAAUAUGGGGGAGGUGGAGGAGGAGGAGGGGGAGCAGGAGCAGGAGCAAGACGGCUUGAAGAUCGUCGGAGCCGACUCGAGCGGCCCGCGCUUGGGAGGUCCAACAGAAGCUCGCAUUCUGGUCACUCAUACAAUCGUUCGACACCUCACUAUCCCGGGGAAAACUUGAUUUGA